UGCUUGCGGCGGGGCGAGCCCAGCAUCCCGAGGCGGGGCAGCUGUGCCUGCGCGGAGCCGGGACAGCUCCUUCCUUCCUGCGGCAGUGGUGGUUUUUGUGUUUUUGUUUUUUUUUUUCUCUAGCCCUGCUAGAGGGCUCGGUAGGAUCGGUGAAUGGAAAGCUGGACGUGAGGCAGCAAUACGUACUUGCAGCCCAGAAAACCAGCCGUGCCCCGGGCUGCAUCCAAAGCAGUGGGGCCAGCAGGUCGAGGGAGGUGGUGCUGCCCCUCUGCUCUCGUGAGACCCCCCUGGAAUGCUGUGUCCGGUUUUGGAGUCCCCAGCACAAGGACACGGAGCUGUUGGAGCAAGUCCGGAGAAGGGCCGCCAAGAUGAUCAGAGGGCUGGAGCAGCUCUGCUAUGAGGACAGGCUGAGAGAGUUGGGGCUGUUCAGCCUGGAGAAGAGAAAGCUCCAGGGAGACCUUAUAGCGGCCUUCCAGCACUUAAAGGGGGUUUAUAAGAAAGACAGAGAAGGACUUUUUACCAGGUCCUGUAGUGACAGGACAAGGGACAAUGGUUUUAAACUGAAAGAGGGUAGGUUUAGAUUAGAUAUAAGGAAGAAUUUUUUUCUGAUGACAGUGAUGAGACACUGGAAGGUGUUGCCCUGGAUGGGCAGCAGUUGUUGAUGUCCCAUCAGUGGAAGUGUUCAGGGACAGGUUGAUUUGGUCUUUGAGCAACCUGGUCUAGUGGGAGGAAUCCCUGCCCAUGGCAGGUGCUUUGUAGUAGGUGAUCUUUGAAGGGGCAAUCCAAACAAUUGUGUGGUUCUGCAUUUGUAAUAAGUAAUUAAACACUGCAGAACAGCAUGUUGUGUAAAUGAAGAUGCAUUCUGUGAAUAGUACAUAUGUGAAUUUAACUUUGUUAAAUGCAGUGUGAGUGGGCUGAGAGGUUGAUACAAUGGAUUUAGGUCUGCGGUUCAAAACUUGCAGUUCAGGCUUGGUUGCGUUUGUGUGGCUGGCAUUUGGUAAUGUUAGUUGUAGAUCUCAAUGCCUGCAGCAUUUCAGAUGUUGCUACCAACUGGGGACUAAUCUGCAGUCUUUUUUAAUCAUUCCUUUGCCUAAUGUUGCCUAGUGGAGAGGUGUAGCUUCCUGCAGCCAGGAAUAUCCAUCCUCUCAGGAAGGUGGUGAUAAGGAUAUAAGGAUUCCCUCCUGCAUGCCUAAGGUAACUGUAGGUUACUGCUGCAGUACAGGCUGUUACAGGAACUCCUGAUGAAAUGCUCUGCCCAGGAGUUGGUGGAGCAGUGAGGAUGUCCUGCAUCCUGCUGCAGAGCUUAGUACUGCCUGCAAAUACCAGAACGGUAGUUUAAUGAUAAGUGAUCUGUGUAGGUAAAAGCAUCUUAAUAAAUGAAAGCAUUUACUUUUUGUAGUACAGCUGUCAUUUUUAGUUAAAAACGGAAGCAUCACUAUGCUCAAACUCCUCAUGUGUUGGCUUCACGAACUUGCUUGGACAUGCAUGGAGUCGGUUUGAGUUGGCAAGCUGAGACCUAGCAGGCAGGCUGCAGUGCUAGAGGGCUUGAUGCUGGCUCUUUGUCAGGAUACUUGACUCAGCUUCUCAGGCAGGCUUUUACUGCUGCCUGCUGCUCUGUGCUAUUCUGGGGGAUGGAAUGCUGGCGCAAACUUAAAGGAACAUGCCUAAGAAAGGAGGGAAGCAUGCUGAAACAGGAAAAGAGGUGCAGUGUAAACGAGCAAAGGUGGAAGCAGCUUGUUCUCCGUCAGUCAUGAGUUUUGAGAGCCCAGACAGCCUCUUUGGAAGUUUAAUCUCUCCCAUCGAUCAAGAUAAGUUUUUCAGGGAGUACUGGGAGCAAAAGCCACUGCUUGUUCGGAGAAAUGAUCCCCUCCUGGCUUCUUACUACCAGUCCCUCUUCCAGUUGUCAGAUUUGAAGGAACUGUGCAGCCAGGGUCUAUACUAUGGUCGAGAUAUAAAUAUCUGCAGAUGUGUGAAUGGCAAAAAGAAAGUUUUAAAUAAAGAAGGCAAAGUGAAUUACAUGCAGCUGAAGAAGGAUUUUGACCAGAAAAAGGCAACAAUACAGUUUCAUCAGCCUCAGAGAUUUAAGGAGGAGCUAUGGAAGAUUCAGGAGAAGCUGGAGUGCUACUUUGGGUCUCUGGUUGGGUCGAAUGUUUACAUUACUCCCCAGGGGUCACAAGGCCUUCCCCCUCACUACGAUGAUGUUGAGGUGUUUAUCCUUCAACUAGAAGGUGAGAAACACUGGCGACUCUAUAAACCAACAGUGCAUUUAGCUCGGGAAUAUAAUGUUGAAUCCGAAGAUAAGAUUGGAAAUCCCACACAUGAAUUCAUAUUAAAGCCGGGUGACUUACUGUACUUCCCAAGAGGAACUAUUCACCAAGCUGACACUCCUCUUGGGAUCUCCUAUUCUACACACGUGACCAUCAGUACCUACCAAAACAACUCCUGGGGAGAUUUCUUACUGGAUGCAAUUCCCGGCCUAGUGUUUGAUACAGCAAAAGAAGAUGUGGCGCUGCGGACUAGCGUACCAAGGCAACUGCUGAUGCAGGUGGAUAUAGCUGAAUCAACAAAAAAACUGAGUAGCCUUUUGAGGAGGCUUGCAGACCGUCUGGAAAACACCAGAGAACUAAGAUCAUCUGACAUGAAGAAGGAUUUCAUUAUGAAUCGGUUGCCACCUUUCUUGGGAUGUGACUCUGAUCCUUUGACUCCAGGUGGGAAAUUGCCAAAAAUAGAUAGCAAAAUCAGACUGCAGUUUAGAGAUUAUGCUGUCGUCACAGUGGAACCAGAUCAAGAGAAUUCUGAUGAAAUUCGCAGAGAGAUGGUUUAUGUGUAUCAUUCUUUAAAGAACAGGAGAGAAUCUCACAUGAUGGGGACAGAUGAUACUGGUAGUGAGGAAGGCACAUCACAGCAGACACAUGGACUGCGGUUUCCUUUGUCAUACUUGGAUGCACUGAAGCAGAUUUGGAGUAGCAGCACUAUUAAUGUUAAAGAGCUUAACCUUCCCUCAGAUGAAGAGAAAGAAAACCUUGCCUUGUCACUGUGGAGUGAAUGUCUAAUUGAAGUUAUUUGAUGCUUUUGUGAAUGAGCUGCUCCUGGAAGUAGUAUUUCUGGCCAUCAAGAAGCUCUAAGCCUUUCUCUUAUUAAAUUUUUUAUCUAUCCA